AUGGUGGAACAGUCAUGGUGGAACAGUCAUGGUGGAACAGUUAUGGUGGAACAGUCAUGGUGGAACAGUCAUGGUGGAACAGUCAUGGUGGAACAGUAAUGGUGGGACAGUCAUGGUGGAACAGUAAUAGUGGAACAGUCAUGGUGGAACAGUUAUGGUGGAACAGUCAAGGUGGAACAGUCAUGAUGGAAAAGUAAUGGUGGAAUAGUCAUGGUGGAACAGUUAUGGUGAAAAAGUAAUAGUGGAACAGUCACGGCGAAACAGUAAUGGUGGAACAGUAAUAGUGGAACCGUUAUGGUGGAACAGUCAUGGUGGAACAGUCAUGGUGGAACAGUUAUGGUGGAACAGUUAUGGUGUAACAGUCAUGGUGGAACAGUAAUGGUGGAACAGUCAAGGUGGAAAAGUAAUGGUGGAAAAGUAAUGGUGGAACAGUCAUGGUGGAACAGUAAUAGUGGAAGAGUCAUGAUGGAACAGUUAUGGUGGAACAGUAAUAGUGGAACAGUUAUGGUGGAACAGUAAUAGUGGAACAGUCAUGGUGGACCAGUUAUGGUGGAACAGUCAUGGUGGAACAGUUAUGGUAGAACAGUCGUGGUGGAACAGUUGUGGUGGAACAGUCUUGGUGGAACAGUCAUGGUGGAACAGUAAUGGUGGAACAGUCAUGGUGGAUCAGUAAUAGUAGAACAGUCAUGGUGGAACAGUUAUGGUGGAACAGUCAAGGUGGAACAGUCAUAGUGGAAAAGUAAUGGUGGAAUAGUCAUGGUGGAACAGUCAUGGCGGAACAGUAAUGGUCGAACAGUAAUAGUGGAACAGUCAGGGUGGAAAGGGAAUGGUGGAACAGUCAUGGGGGAACAGCCAUGGUGGAACAGUUAUGGUGGAACAGUCAUGGUGGAAAAGUCAUGGUGGAACAGUCAUGGUGGAACAGUUAUGGUGGAACAGUCGUGGUGGAACAGUAAUAGCGGAACAGUCAUGGUGGAAAAGUUAUCCGGGAACAGUAAUGGUGGAACGGUCAUGGUGGAACAGUAACGGUGGAACAGUCAUUGUGGAACAGUAAUGGUCGAACAGUCAUGGUGGAACAGUAAUGGUGGAACAGUCAUGGUGGAACAGUAAUGGUGGAACAGUCAUAGUGGAACAGUUAUGGUGGAACAGUCAUGGUGGAACAGUUAUGGUGGAACAGUCAUGGUGGAACAGUUAUGGUGGAACAGUCAUGGUGGAACAGUUAUGGUGGAACAGUAAUAGUGGAACAGUCAUGGUGGAACAGUUAUGGUGGAACGGUCAUGGUGGAAAAGUUGUGGUGGAACAGUCUUGGUGGAACAGUCAUGGUGGAACAGUAAUGGUGGAACAGUCUUGGUGGAACAGUCAUGGUGGAACAGUCAUGGUGGAACAGUAAUAGUGUUACAGUCAUGGUAGAACAGUCAUGGUGGAACAGUCAUGGUGGAAUAGUAAUAGUGGAACAGUCAUGGUUGGAAUAGUUAUGGUGGAACAGUAACAGUGGAACAGUCAUGGCGGAACAGUAAUGGUCGAACAGUAAUAGUGGAACAGUUAUGGUGGAACAGUCAUGAUGUAACAGUCAUGGUGGACCAGUCAUGGUGGAACAGUCAUGGUGGAACAGUUAUGGUGGAAGAGUAAUAUUUGAAGAGUCAUGGUGGAACAGGUAUGGUGGAACAGUUAUGGUGGAACAGUCAUGGUGGAACAGUAUUAGUGGAACAGUCAUGGUAGAACAGUCAUGGUGGAACAGUCAGGGUGGAAUAGUAAUAGUGGAACAGUCAUGGUUGGAAUAGUUAUGGUGGAACAGUAACAGUGGAACAGUCAUGGCGGAACAGUAAUGGUCGAACAGUAAUAGUGGAACAGUUAUGGUGGAACAGUCAUGAUGUAACAGUCAUGGUGGAACAGUCAUGGUGGAACAGUCAUGGUGGAACAGUUAUGGUGGAACAGUCAUGGUGGAACAGUCGUGGUGGAACAGUCAUGGUGGAACAGUCAUGGUGGAACAGUUAUGGUGGAAGAGUAAUAUUUGAACAGUCAUGGUGGAACAGGUAUGGUGGAACAGUUAUGGUGGAACAGUCAUGGUGGAACAGUCAUGGUGGAACAGUCAUAGUGGAACAGUAA